AAAGCAAUAAAAGAAAGCAGCUCCAACUCUGUGCAGGAAUCCCGUACAAAGAAGCUUCAGCAGCUCUUCAUCAAAGGUUGAGACUUAAAGCUCCAACAUGAUCUUGCUCCUCUUCUUGUUCAGUCUGGCUCUGGGUGCUCCUUCUGAGUCUCAUUCUGAUGGAAGUGAAGUGAAGCUACAACUUGAUGACCACAGAGUUGAACUACGGCAAGGAAGCUGUCCCCUGUUCUGGUUCAGUUUCAAUGGCCGCUGCUACAAAUAUGUGGCCACACAGAUGAGCUGGGCUGAUGCAGAGCUCUACUGUGUGUCACAGCGAGCCAACCUGGUUUCUAUCCACAGCAGGGAGGAAGAGCAGUUUGUUAAAUUAUUAAUUAAGAACUUUGACCAUGCUGAGGGAUGGACCUGGAUUGGACUGAGUGACCUCCAUAAAGAAGGCAGAUGGAUGUGGUCUGAUGGUUGCGCUGUGAGUUUCACCUACUGGAGUGCUGGACAACCAGACAACGCUGGAACAGUUGAACACUGUGUUCACACUAACUUUGAAGCAAAGAUGUGGAAUGAUAACCCAUGUUCUUUCAAUUUAGCUUCUGUUUGUGCAACGCAGAUAACCUGCCCUUAGAAACUCUGGGGUUACAGGGCCCAUGACAAAACAUUCAAGCACGUAUUUGGUGUCACAGACGUGCGCUUGCAUGUUUCAUCAGGACGCAUUUAGUACUUUAGAUAGGGAUGAAUGCAGAAAAUACACCUCCUCACUGAUCUUCCCAGAAUUGAUUUUAACAAUAGAUUUUCCAUAUUUGUAGAAACAUGACAAAUGUUUUGUUAGCUGUAGCUCAGGUCACCUACUAACUGGAAGGUUGGUGGUUCAAUUCUAGUCUGCUCCAGUCUACAUGUCAAAUAUUCUUGGGCAAGA